AUUUUCGUCGCCUCCCCGCCCCCCCCCCCAAAAAGCCGCCGCCCCUCCGCCGCCGUCGCCCGCCGGUCUCCCCCAUCCUCCUCUGCCCCCGAGCUAUAAGAGUUGAGCCGGCUUGGAAGGGGAGUUUGAUUGCGAGAAAUGGCUGGUGUUUCGACGGAGGAUUCUGGAGUGGGAAGGUCUGAGGAGGGGAUUUUGAGUGCUCAGAGCUCUCAAUCUGGGGAAGCAUUGGCGGAAUGGCGAUCUUCAGAGCAGGUGGAAAAGGGAACCCCAUCGACUUCGCCUCCAUACUGGGAUACUGACGACGAUGACGACGAUGAAGAUGGUGGGCCAAAACCUUCCGAGUUGUAUGGAAAACAUACAUGGAAGAUAGACAAGUUUUCACAGAUCAAUAAAAGGGAACUUCGUAGUCAUGUAUUUGACGCUGGCGGCUAUAAAUGGUAUAUUUUAAUAUAUCCCCAAGGUUGUGAUGUCUGCAACCAUCUCUCUUUGUUUCUCUGUGUUGCCAAUCACGACAAACUUCUUCCAGGAUGGAGUCAUUUUGCACAAUUUACAAUAGCUGUGGUGAAUAAAGAUCCAAAGAAAUCAAAAUAUUCAGAUACAUUACAUCGAUUUUGGAAGAAGGAGCAUGAUUGGGGAUGGAAAAAGUUUAUGGAAUUGUCGAAAGUAUUUGAUGGGUUUAUUGAUGCUGACACCCUUAUCAUAAAAGCUCAAGUCCAAGUCAUUAGGGAGAAAGCAGAUCGACCGUUUCGUUGCCUGGAUUCUCAAUACAGGAGAGAACUUGUUCGUGUAUACUUGACUAAUGUAGAGCAAAUCUGCCGACGUUUUGUCGAAGAGAGAAGGGGCAAGCUUGGGAAGCUGAUCGAGGACAAGGCUAGAUGGUCAAGCUUCUGUUCUUUCUGGUUGGGAAUCGACCAAAAUGCUAGACGCCGUAUGUCAAAAGAGAAAAUGGAUGUGAUUCUCAAAGUUGUGGUGAAACACUUUUUCAUAGAAAAAGAAGUUACCUCGACUUUGGUUAUGGAUUCCUUGUAUAGUGGUUUUAAGGCUCUUGAAGGGCAAAGCAAAUGUAAGAAAGGGAGGCCAAAAGUAUCGGAUCCUGAUGAAAUGCCAGCUCCCAUUGUUUCGGUGGAGAAAGAUAUGUUUGUUUUGGUCGAUGACGUAUUAUUACUGCUUGAAAGGGCUGCCUUGGAACCUCUGCCUCCAAAAGACGAGAAGGGUCCUCAAAAUCGAACAAAGGAUGGCAAUUCUGGUGAGGACUUCAAUAAGGAUUCCAUUGAGCGUGAUGAAAGGCGGUUGACAGAAUUGGGUCGAAGAACGGUGGAGAUUUUUGUACUUGCACAUAUAUUCAGUAACAAAAUUGAAGUUGCCUACCAAGAGGCUGUUGCUCUGAAGCGGCAAGAAGAGCUCAUUCGUGAAGAAGAAGAAGCAUGGCUGGCUGGAAGCGAGCAGAAGGCAAGACGUGGAGCUAAUCUUAAGGAAAAGAAGUCAAAGAAAAAGCAGGCCAAGCAGAAGCGCCUUAAUCGCAAAGCAAAAGAUAAGGAGAGAGAUGAAAGACAUGGUGCCACAGCCGAUGACAAGCACGAAGAAGAAAAUGCUGUUGAUGAAAAAGAAGACUUUAUCCCAGAGGAUGUAAGCCCUGUGCUUGAAAAGCCUGAUGUACUGGAAGAUGUUUCAGACACAUCAGAUGUGGUGGACGGUGUCGGUGAAGUAAUCCAACCUGAUUCAGAUGAGAGAGAUGCAAGUCCUGUCAAUUGGGACACUGACGCUUCUGAAGUUCAUCCUCCUACAGAAGCCAGUAGCAGUGGGGUUAGUGGACUAUCUUCGGUACAGAAUGGAAUAGUGGAGAAAAGAAGCCCAUCUAUGAUGGAUGAUAGCUCUUCAACUUGUUCUACUGAUUCAGUCCCCUCAGUUGGAGUUAGUGGACCAUACAAGGGGAACUCAUUUUCAUCGAACCAUAAACACCAGAGAUCACCUAGCAGGGGAAAGAGUCAGAAAGGUAAGGUUGAAACACGUGAUUGGAGUUACUGGACCAACAAAACAGAGAAUGAGUCUGCUGAACUCGCAGUUGACGUGGGAGAGUCUUGUAAUAUCCCGAAUACCAAGGUAGCUGACACCGAGGUUGAGGCUGAUGCUCUCUCCUUCCAUCAUCAAUUAAGACAGUCUGAGCAUGAUGUGGUUAAAAAGGGAGAAGCUGUUUCCCUGCAGAGGGGAUCAAGCAUCAAGCAAGUUGAUGAAGAAAAGCCAUCUAGAGAGAAGUCAAUUGCUGCAGAAUCCUCUUCCAGCAGCCCUCCUAGAAAUACUAUCUCCAAUGCCCGGUCGGAACCGGCGCAGAAAAUUAUUCCUUCUGGGGAUCGAACAUCAAUGAGGAAGACAUCUUUGAAUGGCAAGCAAGAGAAUGAUAAGAUAGUACUUCCAACAAUCUCGUCCCAAACAGCAACUUUGUCCAAGUCUGAGACUCAAAGGGAUGUAAUUCCUAAAACGACUGAAAAACCCAUUCCGCAAGUUCCUGUAAUGUCAAGGCCUUCUAGUGCUCCACUAGGACCUGGUACUAGGCCAAAUGCUCCUGCUGCUUCUCUUGUCCAAACAGCUCCACUUCUAGCACGUUCUGUGAGUGCAGUCGGUCGGUUGGCUCCUGAGUCUUCCUCAGUAUCAUCCCCCAGCUAUGUUCCUUUGUCAUAUCGAAAUGCUAUAAUCGGCAAUUCCUCUGCUUCGACUUCAACCGUUUUUACAAACCAAUGUUCGCCAAGCUCUGUAGGGAAAGUGUCAGCAUAUAUGCCGUCGCCCACCUUAGCAUCUUCACCAGUGUUCUUGAACCCUAGCACUGACAUGGACUAUGGUGCACCCAAAUUAGGCUUCCCUUUUGGCACAAUGAAUCGGGACGUGUUGUCAAAUGGACCGCAGUGGUUGGAGAAUCUGGAUGGCCGAUGUGCACGGAGUGAUCCUCCUCUGCAGAGUGAUGUUCGGAACGUGGAGUAUUACAGGUCUUCGCACAGCAGAUCACGAGAUCACUUCCCUGACUUUCAGGCCUGCACGUCUGGGCGUCAAACACAAGGUUUGCCAGCUGAUGAUUUUCCGCACCUCGAUAUUAUAAAUGACUUACUGGACGAUGAGCAAGCUGUUGGGAAGGUCACUAGAUCAGGGCUGGGUUUCCAGUCUCUCGGAAGUAGGUCCCUCUCGUUAAAUCGCCAGUUUUCUUUCCCCCAUGAUCUGGGGAUGUCAGGGGAUGUGGAGUCAACUGCCAGCUCAUGCAGCUUUGAACGAGUGCGGAGUUAUCGUGAAAAUGGGAUUCAACCAGCGUUUGGCUCCUUUCCAGGAAGUUUUGACUCGGCGACUGGAUAUAUUCCGCAGGUUAGUUCACUACCUCAUGCAAAUGGGCAGAUUGAUGGGUUGAUGCCGAACCAGUGGCAUGUGGCUGGAUCCGACUUAUCCAUGCUGGGAAUGAAGAAUCCAGAGCAUGAUGGUUACCCAUUUUAUGCUUCGGAUUAUUCAAAUUUGGCAUGUGGGGUCAAUGGUUAUAAGGCAUUUCGGCCUCCUAAUGGUCAUUGAAAUGGCAAUGAAUGAAACGGAGUCGCCUGAAAAUUAUUGGGCUGCUCUCCGUUACAUAUAUGUACUUGGAAGGAGAAAAUGGGUGUUAGAUCUGGAUUGAGGUUGUAGUCCUUUCAUUAGCAAAAAAAAAAGAAUAACAUUCGGAGGAGGGAGUUCACUUGUUUGCUUCCUUCCUUCUUGCGGAUCGACGGUUUCUCGUGUAUUAUGGGGUUUUCUUAAAGCCUAGUUUUAGCGAGCCUCAUGGUAUGUGAUUUUCUAGUAA